CAGCAGCAGCCGCGGGGCGGGAAGUCGCUGCCCGGGCGGAGGAAGCGGCCGGGGCCGGAGCCGAGCCCGGCGAUGGCUGCAGCGGGGCCGGCGCAGCAGCUCCAGGUGGCGUUUGAGGACGUUGCUCUGUAUUUCACCCGGGAGGAGUGGGAGCUCCUAUCCCAGCCAGAGCAGCAGCUGUACCGGGACCAGAUGCUGAGGAAUUACUGGACCCUUGUUUCCUUAGGCUAUUCAGGUUCCACACCGGACUUAAUCCAGCGGUUUGAGGCAGGGGAGGCAGAGCUCUGGAUCCAAGAUUAUGAGGACUCCAGGGAAACCUCAGGGCUUGAGAGCCCCUCCUCAGCAGGGCUCGGGAUCCUGGGGGGAAUGCGGACACAGAGUGAAUGUGGGGAAAGUGCGGCGGGGAAGCAGGAUUCCACGUCCCACAUAGGGAUUCAUGCACAGGACGCAGUCCAUCCCCAGGCUAAACUCAGCCAGAGACUAGACCUUGCUACACACCAGAGACUCCCCAUGGGCCAGCGUCCCCACUGCUGCAUCGACUGCGGCAAGAGCUUCAGGAGUCCCUCCGCGCUGACCCAGCACCAGUACACGCACGCUCGGGCGUGGCUGCACCGCUGCUCUGACUGUGGCAAGGCCUUUGCACGGAGUGCAUACCUGAGAAGACACCAGAGCGUGCACACCGGGGAGCGGCCACAUCGCUGUCCUGAGUGCGGCAAGGGCUUUGCAGAGAGUUCAGGCCUGAGAGUACACCUGCGCAUGCACACCGGGGAGCGGCCGUACCAGUGUGCUCACUGUGGUAAGGGAUUCUGCAGUUCGUCCUCACUGACCCAGCACCAGCUCACGCACACCGGGGAGCGGCCGCAUCACUGUGCUGACUGCGGCAAGGGCUUUGCAUGGCGCUCACACCUGAAAAGACACCAGCUCAUGCACACUGGGGAGCGGCCGCAUCACUGUUCUGACUGUGGCAAGAGCUUUACAGAGAGCUCAACGCUGAGAAUACAUCAGCGCACACACACUGGGGAGCGGCCGCACCACUGUGCCCACUGCAAUAAGGGUUUUGCAGAGAGCUCAAGCCUAAGGAAACACCAGUGCACGCACACUGGGGAGUGGCCACACCGUUGUGCCCACUGUGGUAAGGGAUUCCGCUGUGCCUCCACACUGACACUGCACCAGCGUGCACACACUGGGGAGCAGCCACACCGUUGUGCCCACUGUGGUAAGGGAUUCCGCUGUGCCUCCACACUGACACGGCACCAGCGCGCACACACUGGGGAGCAACCGUACUGCUGUGCUGACUGCGGGAAAGGCUUUGCAGGGCGCUCACGGCUGAGAAUUCACCAGCGCAUGCACACUGGGGAGCGGCCAUAUCGCUGUGCUUACUGUGGCAAGGGCUUUGUAGAGAGGUCAAACCUGAGAUCACACCAACGCACGCACACUGGGGAGCGACCGUAUCACUGUACUGACUGCGGCAAGGGCUUUGCACAGUCCUCAACCCUGAAAAAACACCAGCGCACGCACCGGGGAGCAGCCACAGCACUGUGAUGAUUCUGGUAAGAAUGUAAAAAAAAACAGUCCACCCACCAAGCACCAAUGCACGCACACUAGGGGAGGACAUUCCGAUGCGCUGGCUGCAACAAGAGCUUUGCACAGGCCUCCUCCUUGAUACCACAUUGGUUCAUUCACAGCUGAGAGCAGCAGUACAGCUGUGCUGACUGGGGCAAGCCCUUUGCUAGAUUGGCCAACCUCAUCCAGCAUCUGGUCACGCGCACGAAUGUCCCUCUGCCACCGCCAGGGCCUGAGGGGCUUCUGGGAGCUAGUGCAGACCAGGGAGCGGUCCUGUCCCAGUGAUGCCCAGCAGAGAGACACUGGGGGACAUGGAAGGGGACUUGGCUGACCAAGUGUGGGAAAGAUCAGACAGGUGGAGGGAAUUUAGAGCAGAUGGUCACAGCCUACUGCAUUAGGGAGCUUUCCCUCUCAUAUAGGUGUUUCCAACCAGGUCUCUCUGU